AUGGGCAGGCGAAAACCACAAGAACAUCAGCUUCGAGCGAAACGAUCUCGUACUCGAUCUGGCUGUUUCACAUGUCGGGACCGCCACAUGAAAUGUGACGAGCAGCUUCCUGUUUGUCAGAAUUGCAUCAACUCUAAGCGAAAAUGCUAUCGAGGCAUACGCUUGAAUUUCACCCAGUAUACUAUCUACGAUCCACAUAAAUCUCUGUCAGCGGCAGGUUUAUCUAGACCACCCAAGUUCUUCCGUCUCUUGGAUCAGCUGAUUGCCGUUCUGGCCCAGUACAAGGAUGGCAGGAACAGCUACCGCAAGUACUUACAUCUCCACAAUCCUGAAGACUUGGAGGAGGCCGAACUCCGCCAUCUCCAGGAUAUGAGUAGCAACAGAAGUGCCAGUACGCCCACCACUGUGCAUCCGGUGGUUUACAACGCCGACCCCAUUCAUGAGGUGGUGGAUCCUGGCAUAAAUGACGCCUGGUUUUUUCAUCAGGGUGCCGAGCCAGUAAAUUUUUCCGAGAACACCAUCCUGGAAAGUUUUGACAUUAAGAACCUGCUCAUGAAUCCCGUUUCCCUUGGAAUGAUGCCCAGUGUAUCUGAAGGGCCAGCUAUGAACACUACGUUCGAACCUAUGGUGGACUUCAGUUCACAAAAAAAGUCUGAUCCACAGCAAGCGCGAGACUUCUCCAGUGUAAGUGAUCCGGGACUCGUAUCUACUCCUUUUGACUCGUAUGCAUUUGUGAAAUUGAUCCAGGAUCAACGAUACUAUUGGAUUCUUGAUCUCUUCAAUGAGAUAGACGUAUGGAAAUCCAUUAUUCCCAGCUAUUGUGUCCGAAUUGUGCAAGCAGAGUCUGACGACAAGUUCCGGAAACGUAACCCAUCGUUUUUGCUAGACUGCUUAAUGGAUUGUAAAGAAUUCACCUCUAUGGACAGAGUUUUACAUAACGCCAGACAGCAACUUAAUCAUUGGAAAGAAUUCGACCAUAGAGACGUCACCGCUACGUCCUUCAAGGGAUUCGAGCAAGUACUACUCAGCAUCGUCCUAAUCCUCCUCAGCAUGAUUCUACAGGUGGUAAAACCGACAUUUCUUCUCACAGAGUCGUUUAAUAUGGUCCUAGCCAACCAAGGAAAGAUGAUCCGCAAAGUGGUUGCACGCUACGAAAGGUUUCCUGAGGCAUUGGUGAAAACCAUGGCUGGAUCAUUGAUGUCUACCGCCUCUCUUCAAGCCAUUGUGAUUCUCCGGUUUCUAUUGAAGAAACACUUGCAAAAAAUAGACAUGUCUCUCAAUUCCCGAUUGUUGCCUGUGCCAUUUGACGGUGAAGACGUUCUAAGAUCUACCAUCAGCUACGACUCACAUGCGUCCUAUGAGUUAGGUGAAUUCUUCACUCUUACGCCAUUUGAAGUAGGCCAAGUGGCCACCAAAUUCCAGGACUUCGAUAUUAAUGAAAUUCACAAAGGCAAACCGUCCGAUGCUGCCAAAUUAAGGAAUUUUUUUUGGUCGUUAGUGGAGUUCGAGAAUUUCGGGGGCAAAGGUGAUUUGGAUUUUCUCGAUAGCCUACAACCACAGGAUGUAAUCCCUGACAAAGACACCAAUUCAUGGGCGUUACGACCAAGCGAUAAAUGCAUCGCUUUAAACAUUCUCGCAGCAUAUCUACAGAGCACACGAAGCGAAUAUGCUCCACUUCAAAACACAAAAUUGCAUGAGAUUUUCAACAAAAUCAAUACCUCCACCACGAAGGAGAAAGCAAACUGGACAUCCUACUUCCGAUGGACCCUCAAUAAUUGA